CACUUUAUUAUGAUGUGUACCUCCUAUCGGAUUGGGACACCAUUCGCCCUGAUCACAGCCUUUACACAACGUGGCAUAGACUCCACAGAGUGGAUGUCAAUCCAUUCAUUCGUUAAUAUUUAAUAUAGCUGGUGCAGAGAGGUAGGCAGAGGAUCUGGUGGAUGAACAGGAAUUCAUAUAAGGCAAGACCUACUGAAAUUCUUUCAUCUACUGAUGAUGAUGAUGAAUAAUGACCUAUGAUGUAUAUUGCAGCUGUAUUGUGCACCAUGAUUCAAAGCAAUUUCCUAAACAUCACAGCAGGAUUAAGCAACUUGUCCAGUAAGUAGACAUCAAUGGUUACGUAAAGGUUUAAUAUCUUUCAUCAGCUUCCAACAGGUUUUAUUUCUGCAACAAACAAGUCUUAUUACAAAUCCAAAUGAACUCUGUCCCCAAAUUAAAACUGGACUUGCUAGAUUAAACCUUCAAGAAAGCAGUAAAAUAUCUGGAUCUAUUUUUUUGUUUAUCUUAUACAUUUUUUUUUUUUUGGUCAUACCACCAUUCCAUACCGGUUUCAUUUUAUAUAGCGUCCUUAUGAACAAGUAUCCCAGGGUGCUUAACAAAAAAUAUAAGAAACUAAAAAUUUUAACAUGAUAUUAUUGUGCAGUAAUUUUGCAAUUUUCCCAUGCAUUUACCAUAGUUUACCCUGGUUUGCCAUGUUUUUUAAUAUGCUUUACUAUACCUCUCUGGUUUUUACAGUGGUUAUCUAUGCUUUACCAUGCUUUCAAAAUGCUUUAUUACACUUGCUUUUACUAUGUUUUACUAUGGGACACUUGUAUAAGGGGAGCUGCUUGCUAGUCAAAGGCCAAAUUAAAAAUACACGUUUUAAGCUUAGAAUUUAAAAUGCAGAUUGACUCAGCAUUCUGAAUGGAACCUGGAAGUGAGUUCCAAAGUAAAGGAGUUUAAGUGGGUUAAUAUGACAAGCAGACUUGGUAUGUGUCAGUAUUGUGGCUUCAGCUUUUUGAACUAGCUGCAACCUCUUGAUAGAGGCACCUGGGAGGCCAACAAACAAAAGAAUUACAAUAAUCAGUACUUUGAGGUUACAAACAGGGGAAUCAAGCGUGAGGCUUCACCCAGCUACAGUGUAUUUCUCAUGUGCCAAUCACUAUUACAUUGAAUUUCAGUGUGUUGAAAUAUUCUGCAGGUCCUGCUGUCCAAUGCAUUUUCUUACCCAAGGGGAAGGGAGUUCACUCUUUGGAAUGUGGCUUUGGCUUCAUAAUAUGUCCCAAAGUCAAAAAAAAAAAGAAAAAGAAAAGAAAAAAUCUGCAGGGAUCACAGAUCACUUGUGACAAAGUCCUUCAUGUGACAGCAAUCCUUAGUUCCUUCUGUGCAACAUGUCAUGCUCCUGUGGCACAAGCCAGAAUAUUUCAUCAGAGCUUUAAGAAACUGUGUGCUGAGGACAGGCUCGCCUUGAAGAGACUACAGGAUCAAGGAUGUCAGAGGACAUUAACUUUUCCAUCUCCUUCGACGACUUCAACUUGUCAGAUUUUGAAAACAUAUCUGCAACAUAUGACUCUACCUUCAUUCCUGACCCCAAAACAAUCACCUGCCAACCACUGCAGAUCGAUCCAGCAGUGAACUCUGCCAUCUGCGCCAUCUAUGCCCUGAUCUUCUUGCUUGCAGUGCCAGGGAAUAUCAUAGUAGGGAUUGUGAUUGGGUGUAACCACCGUUCGCUCACCCCCUCUGACAUCUACCUGUUAAACUUAGCGGUGGCUGACACCCUCUUCGCUGUCACCAUCCCCUUUUGGGCGGUCAGUACCAUCCAUGGAUGGAUUUUUGGAGAUGUUAUAUGUAAAGUGGUCAGCCUGGUCCAGGAGGUCAACUUCUACAGCAGCAUCCUGUUCCUAGCUGUCAUCAGUGUUGACCGGUACCUUGCCAUUGUCCAAGCAGUCCAGAUGCGGAAGCAGAGACAGCCAUUUUACAGCUGGCUUGCCUGUGCUUCUGUCUGGGUUGUAGGAGCACUGCUAUCCCUGCCGGUUCUCUUCCACUCAGCCUUUAAGCCGUCCAACUCAGAGAAUACAGUAUGCUACGAGGAGUAUGACCCGGAAACUGCUGCAGAGUGGCGCUUUGCCACAAGGCUCCUCCGUCACUCUCUGGGAUUCCUCCUGCCACUGACAGUCAUGCUGGUCUGCUAUGGCAUCACCAUCUGCCGACUCCUGCAGACACGCAGCUUUGAGAAGCAGAAAGCCAUGAGGGUGAUUGUGGCUGUGGUGCUGGCUUUCCUCGUCUGCUGGAUGCCCUACCACUUGGUUGUAAUCGGUGACACUCUGAUUAGAUUUAAAUUGGUCUCUUACACCUGUGAGGUCAGCAACUCCAUCAGCCUGGGCAUCUUUAUCACCCAGAGCCUGGGUCUGCUCCACAGCUGUAUCAAUCCCAUCCUGUAUGCCUUUGUGGGGGAGAAAUUCCGCCGGAACUCCCUCAAGCUGCUUCAUAAAUGGAGAAUGGUGGAACGGGGUUCCACGUCAGUGUUUAGCAGGUCAACUUCUCACUCCUCAGAAACUAACAAUAUGAUGGUGUAAGCAGGUGAUUCUCUUCUUAUGGGUGUGUAAUAAAACAAACCUGUAUAUUGCACUGGCUGGCAACCGCUAUAGAGGAGUGAGAGUAAUCUUAACUAAUGUAUUCUUGUUGUUUUGAUUCCAUUUGUAUCAUUUUCUGUAUCAGUCAUCAAAUGAUGGAGAUUUUUUUUUAAAACACAGAAGUUACAGCUACCACAUGGCCUCCAUAGAGCUCUCAGAAUAAUGUAUCCCGUUUUCAAAUCAUGGUGACUUUUUAAAAUACAGAAGUUACAGCUUCCCUGUGGCUCCAGUGAUGUCCCCAAGUACGUUUUGUUUAACCAGAGCAUAACCAUUAACUUGUUCCCCUGCUACACUGCCCCUAGUGGAUGCAAGAAAUACAUACAUAAGAAAUACUAUAUUUUCUAAAUGACUCUGAUAAGCAAGCAAGAUACAGUAGCAAUAAUAAAAUCAUUUUUGUAGUGCAUAAUUUCUUUCAAUUGGCUGGUGAAAAUGUUUUAAAAAAUGCCUUACUGCAAGAGAGAAUAUGGGGUUGUGUAAGCUGCCGGAAAAACAUGUUUCUGUAUUUUAAAGAAAUGAUGUGAUCUAAGGUUGGAACAUAUUGUGCAACUUCUCUACAUCAAAUGAUGAAAUAAAGACCUGUACAUGAUACCAUGCUAAAUGAAAAAUCCAGAAGUGAUGGUUCAGGCAGGGAACUCACUUUUAACCUUAGAUCAAAUCACGUAAACAACAUACAUAUUGUAGGCGCUUCCAACACCAGAACAAAUGGUCAGUCAAAUAGCUGGUAUCUUAUUAGUUGUUUGAUAAACAAUAUGUCCACUGAUCGGCAAUCCAUUAUGGCCUGAGUUCACCUCCUCCUCCUCAAGCUUUUUCUAACAGAGAGGGCAUCCUGCCCCCCUGCCCCCUCUCCACUUCUCUGCAAGCGAAUUUAUGGGUAGAGGUACCCCGAACGGUGAGACCAAAGGCCAAAGAAUAUAGUGUAAAAACCUGUAUAAUAUAGUAGUGUUGUCUAGUCUAUGCUUUAAUACAUAAUCUAUUGCACAAGUUUCCUGACUGAACCAAUAUAUACCAUUUAUAUUGAUAGAUAUGUAGUACAAAUGAGGAUAUCAGUGCAAGGUUACCCAUUUAGGAUUUUGUGGGGUCCACUAAAUAAAUGUGCUUUUAAAACAUCUUUGGAAAAUAAAUCUGAAUAUAA